AUGGAGGAGCGGGCGCAGGAGGAGGUGCCGGCAGCCCAGUGCACAGGAGGCCACCACCCGGUGCGGGAAGGAGAGGUGUUCAACACGCAAUACCAGGCUCUGCAUAAGCUGGGCUGCGGCGCCUUUGCCACUGUUUGGCUGUGCCAGGACAUGAGGAGGAAGAAGCAGGUCGCUGUGAAGGUCCUGAAAAGCAGGGAAGGCUUUGCCGAGGCUGCCCAGGACGAGGUCGCUCUCCUCCGCUGCGUGAGCAGUAUGAAGAAGAAGGACCAGGCAGGAGAAAACAUCGUCUGUUUGUUAGACGACUUCAGAAUGAUUGGCGAGAACGGCUUCCAUGUGUGCUUGGUAUUUGAGGCGCUGGGUCCUUCCCUGCGAUGUCUGAUGGGUAACUGCGCAGCCCAGGGACUGCCUUUGCCUUUUGUGAAAAAAUCUUUACAGCAGGUGCUGGCAGGGCUGCACUUCCUCCACAAGCGCUGCCGUAUCAUCCACGCGGACAUCAAGCCAGAGAACGUCUUGCUGCACGGACAUGGCAAAAGCCUCCAAAGGUUCCUGCCCGAUAUGCUCGACUGCGGCCAGAGAACGGGUCUGAGGCUCAAGGGACCAGGUGAUCUUGGGAACCGACUGGAAGAAUCUGAUUUAAUGGGCAUAGAAGUGAAAAUUGCAGAUCUGGGCAGCGCGUGCUGGACAUACAAGCCUUUUUCCAAGGAGAUACAGACCCAGCCAUACCGUGCCCUGGAAGUGCUGCUUGGACUAGACUACGGCACUCCUGCGGACAUCUGGAGCCUGGGCUGCCUGGCAUUUGAAAUGGCAACUGGGGAGUGUCUGUUUGAUCCUCAACCUGGGAAAUAUUUCUCCAGAGAUGAUGAUCAUGUUGCUCGUAUUAUUGAACUCCUGGGAAGAAUUCCUCCUCAAAUUGCUUUCUCCUGGAACAAGUCAACAAAAUUUUUCAGCAGGCCAG